AUUGACUGGGACCCCGUAAAAGACUGGAUCAAUUUUUGCAAAAACCAUCAUCGGAAACACUGCAAGCGCGAGGAACAGCGUCACGUUGCAGGACUUCGACUCAUUGACUGCGAAACCCGACAGAUUAUUCAAGCUACAGAUGCGCUCGACUACAUCACUCUCAGCUACGUUUGGGGCAAGAGCAGCGAGGACGAAGAUCCCCCCAAUGAAUCUAGUCUACCAGAGAGGGUUCCUCGAACUAUCGAGCACGCAGUGCAUGUGACCAAAGCUCUUGGUUUCCGAUAUCUUUGGGUGGAUCGUUACUGUGUCCCACAGCAUGGCCCAGAGAAACAGAGGAUGAUUCAAGAAAUGGAUCUUGUGUACGAAAACUCAGAACUUACCCUCAUCGCCGCCGCCGGAGAAACUCCCGCCCACGGUCUCCCAGGGAUUGGCGGCACUUCUAGGAAACUUCGUCCACCUAUCCAACUUGGUUCUCAUUCAGCUGUUGUCGCUUCAUUCAGCCUAGUAGAGGAAAUUCAAAAGACCAAAUGGAACACGCGAGCGUGGACGUAUCAAGAGGCCUUGCUCUCCAGGCGAAAGUUGGUGUUCUCUGAGCAGGGCAUGUUCUUUCAGUGCGGCGCCAUGCAAUGUUUUGAAUCAUUGUCCCUACCGCUGGUUUCACUACACACGAAAGAUCUUGAGGGGUUUCGAGCGGCUGUCAACAUUCCAGUGGCGUUUCCGAUUCGCGGCGUUGGAAAAGAUUCGCUGGAGAUCUCCGAUCGCAUAAACGAGUACAGCAAGCGAGACUUGACGUACGACGAUGAUUCUCUCAAGGCCUUUUACGGAAUUAUACAGAGAUUUUCGAAGAUGAUUCUCCCUCUUGCGCAUCUAUCCGGAGUC